GACCAAGUAGGGGUGAUGGACAUGGCUAGCUACAAAACUAGCUAUAAAGCUGUCUUGUUCCUCCAGAGCCGGCAAUGAUCUUGUCGGACAUUUACUCCCUCAAGCAAACCCGCUUGCAACCCCAACAGGUACGAUGAGGUUCUUUUCGGCAGUCCUCGCCACCGCGGCCUUCUCCGGAGCCCUUGCCGCUCCGGUGGAGGCCUCCUCGAUGGAUGAGCUUGUCGAGCGAUCACCCAACGUCACACUCAUGGCCCGCGGCACCCCGUCCGGUACCGGCACUCACAACGGCUACUACUAUUCAUACUGGACCGAAGACGCCAGCGCCGACGUCACGUACACCAACGGCAAUGGCGGGCAGUUCAGCGCCACCUGGCGGAACAGCAAGAACUUUGUCGGAGGGAAGGGGUGGAUGCCUGGGAGCGCGAGGACCAUCCAGUACUCGGGCAGCUACAGCCCCAACGGCAACAGCUACCUGGCCGUCUACGGCUGGACGCGCAACCCGCUGAUCGAGUACUACAUCGUCGAGAACUUCGGCAGCUACAACCCGUCGAGCGGCGCGACGCGGCGCGGGAGCGUGACGAGCGACGGCGGGACCUACGACAUACUCGUCAGCACGCGCGUCAACCAGCCCUCCAUCGACGGCACCGCCACCUUCCAGCAGUUCUGGUCCGUCCGCACCUCCAAGCGCACCGGAGGGACCGUCACGACGGCGAACCACUUCAACGCCUGGAGGGCCGCGGGCCUGAGCCUCGGCACCGAGUGGAACUACCAGAUCAUCGCCGUCGAGGGGUACUACAGCAGCGGUUCGGCCUCCAUCACUGUCGGCUCCAGCAGCGGGGGCGGUGACGGCGGGGGUGGUGGUGGAGACGGAGGCGGCGGCGGCGGCGGCGGUGGUGGUGGUGGUGGUGGUGGUACCUGCUCGGCGAAAUGGGGGCAAUGCGGGGGACAGGGAUGGAACGGGCCGACCUGCUGCGUCUCUGGCUCGACUUGCACUGCUUCCAACCAGUGGUACUCGCAGUGCACCUAG